AUGGCGUUACGAUUUUUGGCAUUAUUACUAUGUUUAUUGGAAAAUCAUUUUUAUGCUCAAACAAAUUCGUUUAGAUCAAGUCAAUGUCAUUAUCUAAUUCAUGAUGAAAAUCAUGCAACAACAACAAUAGCAAAUGAUACAGAUGAAAUUCAGACUUCAUUUGGACUUUUCAAACAUUUGAAUAAAGAUGAUAAAACAAUGUAUGAUUUAAUAAAUAACAUGCGAAAAAAUGAUCGCGACUUUGUUUAUGAUGAUGAGGAAGAGGAUAUACAAGAUGAGGAUAUUAAUUAUCAAGAAAAUAUUCCUAAUGAAUACGAUGAUAAAUACAUAAAUCAAACACAAACCACUAACGGAGAGAAGAAUGAUUACGUUUUUUCUUAUAGAAAAGAUGACAAUGCACAAGAUUCAGUCACAGUACAACAAACCAAAAAUCUAGUGAAUUCUACAACUGAACAAUCGCGAUUAGCCGACACCUCGCGUGAGUAG